AUGUCGGAGCCCAAACCGACGCAGAAAGGCUCGGUGCUUAGCAACCUCGAUGCCUCCGCAGACGCUCCGCAGCCUCCCACCACCCCACCAAAUCCCCGUUCGGUAUCCCCAGACGACAAGAUGACGCUUUCCGACUCGAAAGAGGCUGUCGACUCACUCGCCUCCUCCAAGGAUGCCGAGCCGGAAGCCAAGAAGCGCAAACGCUCUCAGAGAGCCUGCAUCCGUUGCCGCGGUCAGAAGCUCAAGUGCGACGGCGUCUUCCCCUGCGCGCGCUGUCUCAAGCUCAAGCUCGUCUGCAAGGAGCCCUCCGAAGCAAAUGCGGGCACCCCUUCCUCCAACAGAGUCAACUCGGACGACCGCGACGCAAAGGCCCACACUGCCUCCUACGCAUCUUCCAUCGCAGCCCACCCACAUUCGCACGCCAACGCUCAGCUCACCCCCAGCGGCAUUCCAUCGCACGGUCCGGCGCUGCCCCCAUAUGCCUCGUCUAGGCCAGACGGCGGUUCCAGCGACAGGUCACGCUUCCUGAGCCAUUCGCACCUUGGCCCUCAGCACCGCGACGCCAUGAGCCAUCAUCCCUCCGAUCGCUUCGGAUACUCGCUUCCCGAUGCGGUCAGAAGGAUCGACUUGCUCGAACGCACCGUCUCUCGCCUCGUAGAGCGCGUCGAGGGCCAUUCGGCGCUGCUCGAGCGCCCAAAUCAUUACACCUCUGGCCGUCCCACCUCCUCGCGAUCCGCCGCCUCUCCGCACAAGCCAGAGCGCAAGCGUGCACGCGCAGACUCCCCCGACGAUUCCGAUGCCGAGGUCGACGAACUGCAGGAUGGCGCCUCGGAGGCUAGCGUACCUCUUCAGGCAUUAACCCGCCACGAUCGACGCACCAGUCGCGAAGAACCCAACGGCGAGGCUGAGCAUUCCGCACCACCCCGAUCCUCUCACGGAGUGGCCGCUCCUCAGCCGCCUGUUUCGGCACCAGUCCAACACGAGUCAGCCUGGCCAAGCAGCAAUGGCAUCCGACACACACCGAUCUGCGAUCCGAUUGACGCCGGUUUCAUCACUCUCGAGCUGGGACAGGUGCUCCUCGAAUUCUUCCUCACGUACUGCCACGUCUUCGCGCCCUUCCUCGAGCUCGACGACAAAGUCAGUGUUUCAAGCCUGGCGGCCACGGAGCCCUUCCUGCUUUCAGUUCUGCUUGCCAUUGGUUCAUUGUACCAUGAUUCGCAUGGAAAGAACGGUCCGACCGUACGCUCCGAGACUCACACCGGCCUUGCAUCGUAUGCACUCUCACAGUUGGGCUCGCAGAUCUGCAGCUCCGAUCCCACAAUCGGUUCCGUUCAGGCCAUUCUUCUCAUCGCCUACUGGCCUCAGGCUUUCCCGGGCUGUCCCGACGAAAAGUUGCUGUCGGGUUACGCUUCCAACUUGCUACAGAGCGCCGCUAGACGCAUCCAGAUCUGCACAAUCAACGGCGAACGGACGCCACCCAGCCAUCCGCAUCGCCUCUCGUCGGUCUGGACAUGCUCCAGAGCUUUCGAGGCGCUUGCAGCCCUUGACACCGGCAAAGGCAUGGACCUAAGCGAUCCGGACCUCGCUCUGUCCAAGGCACCGCGACCCUCGCGUAGCUCGAUUCCAACACCUUACCUCGUGCGGGUCCUGCCCAUCGUCAAGGAGCUGCAGGUCUGGCUCGGCGAGGUCUCGUCCAACUCGCCACUGGCAGCUCUUGAGGUCGCUCCGCCGCCUCCGCGCCCCAACCUCACGCACGAUUGGGAUCGCUUCAAGUAUCUACAGUCGCAACUCUUCGACGUGGAAAAGCGUUGGCUUUCGGCCGAGACCGAUUGCAGCCGCCUGGAGAGAAUAGUCGGUCUCGUUGACCGCUGGACGCUGCAGAUCUAUCUCGCGUCUAUCGCUCUCAGAUCUGCCGAGAUGGGCCGUCCGUCAAAGGCUCACGCUUCUGAGCGAGGCGCCGGCUACGACAUGCGCUACGACGAAGAGUCGGCGAGGUUCGUCGCUGCCUACAGGCAUGAGAUUCGUCAAGCUUGCCAGGUGCUCUUGGACAUCUUCACCGAUCCGGAGAUCAGCGGCGCGCUCCUGUACGCGCCCGGUUAUCUCCUGCGUCGUUUCGGCUACGCAGCCACCGCUGCUGCCGUCCUGGUCGACUAUCAUGACGCCGAGCUCACACGCUCAACGCAAGAGCUCAUCUACCUGUGCAGCAAACGCUUCGAGCAAGUCAGCCAGCUCGGCAAUUCCACUUUUGCCUCCAACCUUGCCUGGUUCGUCAAGUCGAGCUACGAAAAGAUCGGUGGUCAGACCAACCGAGACGAGCACGACUCUGCGAUGGCAUCCGCCGCUCACGUCUCCGUUACGGUGGCAGAUCGCCGCAGAUGGCUUGGCGGCGACGUCUUUAGCAUCUUCUUUGGCGUCGGCGUGCUUCUAGACGCCGCUACCGGGCAGGUCGACUUUUGA